AUGGCAAAUGAGAUGAAAGAUAAGUGGGCGGUUAUCAAAACAAAACCAAGAGGGGUAUUUGAAGUCACCGAAGCUGAAACGGAAGCAGAAGAAAUCUUUCAGGGUGAAGAACGGUUUGAGUCACCUGUUACUGUAACUCGUGCAGAACGGUUGUGCCUAGCCUCAACUAUAAAUACAUAUGAGAAAAUAUCUGAUGACGAGAAUGAGGGAUCUAGGGAGGAAGACGAAGAAGAGGAAGGUUCUGAAGACGAAGAUUAUGAAAACGAGUUGUUUUAUUCAGAAGAAGAAUUUGAAGAUGAAGAUGAUGGGGGACGAAUAUUAGGAGCAUUAUCUUUUGUUUAUGUUAGGAGCAUUGUAUUUGUUGAUGUUAGGAGCAUUGUCUUUUUUAACCUUAUAAUGAAACAUUGUUUUUGUAAUGAGUUUGGUAUGGACAUCUCCAUGUCGGGUAAUGGACAGAAUGAUAAAGGCCGGAAGAACAACCCUUCUUCUGGCAGUACGGGGCGUAGGGGGAGGGUAUCCCCUAAUUCUACUGACGAGCCACGUCAUACGACGUUGCUCACACCGAUCGACAUGCCUAUGAUCACUGGAGUCGCAGGCUCCAAUAGUCAAGGUGUCAUUGCUCCGCAAACCAACAUGGCUGAUCAUCUAGCAGACUUAGUCGGGGUUAUGCGCCAGGCUCAACAGAUGGGCUAUGUGUCCCAGCCCCAACCCCAACCCCAACAGAUGAGCCAUCGAUUACACCCCUCACAGAUAGGCUAUUGGCCCCGACCUCCACUUACACAGACAGGCUAUGGGUUCCAGCCCUCACCCCCACCCCCGCCCCCACCCCUCCACCCACAAAGGGGUUGUCGGACCUCACCUACAGUUUUGAGAACCCAUGGUGGUGAUGGGUUUCAGGAUUAUUUUUUUGAGGGUGGAGGCAUAGAGAUGUCGACGCCAGAUACACCGGUCAUGCCACACACACCACUGACGCCACAUGGCUCCGCCUCCAGAGAUAUUCCGGGCGAUCAUGGCUCGAAUGCUGGUGAUUUUGAUGACUCAUCGUUUGGUGAUCAUUCUGUCCACAACGCGGUUAUGGAUCUCUUUUGGCAGAGUAUGGAGGAUGUGUGGCCUACAUAUAAGAGCAUCACGGAAAAGACUCGUAAACAGAUGUUUGCACGUUUUAGGACAAAAUAUAGGUGGUACACACCGGAGAAUGAGGCGAUAUAUACAGCAUUCAAUAAUGUCCUCAAGGAAAGAUAUAGGGACCGGAUGAAUGAUUUGAGGAAGUUAUCUGCCAGAAUGGCACGACGUGAUGGGUUACCACUUAAAAAAGAUUUUUCUAAAUACUUUCAAGAGAUGUAUCAAUACCGUCCCCAUAUGGUACCAGAGUCUGUGUGGCCACGCUUGUGUGAUCAUUGGAGCACAGAGAAAUGGCAAAAGUCGUCAGAUGCUGCUCAGACGAACCGGAACACCCCUGAUUCCAAUGGGAAGACAUCAAGGCAUACGGCUGGUAGCAUAGGAUAUGCCGAGCACCGUCGUAGAUUGAAAGCACAGCUGGGUAAAGAUCCCGAAUUUUGUGAUCUAUACGUGAAGACACAUGGCACCAAGGGGUUAGUGAUGAAAUAUGGAGAAGACCCGGCAAACCAUAGGCACGAUGCGGAGGUAUGGGUUGAAAGCCAAAUUUGGAGAACAGGAGGAAAAAAGAAGGUUCAUAUCUAUGGUAUAGGAGCAUCGGAUGCCAAUUUUGUGGUUUCUGGGAUAACAUCUUCCGAAUCUACUCGGUCCACCCAAUCCAACAACAACACACAAAAAGAGGUUGAUAGGUUACGUGAAGAAGUUUCUAACAUGCGACAAUUCCAAGAACAAAUGGUACAACAAAUGGAAAGGAUGGCGAGGAUGAUGAAUGGUACAACAAAUCAAGCCAAUGAUCCCCCUCAUACUCCACCUCAUACUCCACCCGAGGAUGGUGUAUAA